AUGAAAUCUCCUACUUAUAUUUUAAAGAAUGCAUAUUAAGAACAUUUGGUUGAAUAAUAAUAUAUCAAACAUGUUUCGAAGAUAUAAAAUAUUACAGCUAAUCUUUAGGUGAGUUAGAGUGAAUAAGAUUAAAUGAACAAAGUAUGAGUAUUUUAAUAAAUAAUAACUUUUUAGAUUAAAUACUAUCGUUAAUAGAAGGAAAGGACUCGUAAAUUUAUGGAACAGUAAACUCAAUUGUUUAGAUAAUAAUCGGAUAAUAUAUUAGCAAAAAAAAUGAUUACAGCAGAUUCUAAAACUAGAAGAGUUCAUGAAUAAAAGAAUGUAAAGUCUUUAAUUGCAACAGCUCAAAAAUAAUAAUCAUAUGAAAUAGGAUUAGAAAAUAUAAGAUUGGGAAAAAGAAUUUUGCAUUUACCAUCUGUAAUUAAGAAAAAGGAAUUUGAUAAAUCUUAUGCUAAACAUGAAUAAAAUAUGAUGUAUGCUAGUAGAAUGAGAAAUUAAAAUAAAUCUAAAACUCCUUCUAAUAAAUUAAUAAAAGAUUGUGGACCAAUAUUUACAGAAGUGCCAAUUUCAUUUAAAUUAGUAGUAUUUAACAAAGAAGUAAAUUUAUUAUUUAUAUUAUAUAUAUAUAGUUAUAAAAUAAAGAUUAAAAGACAGAAUGUUUAUAUUGUGUUGAAGCAUAUUUAAAAGAUUAAUUAUUACAUAGAACAGGUAAUUUAAUUUAUUUAAUUUAGAUUCUGUGGCAUUUGAUUAAUUCUAGCAAUUAAAUUUUAAAGUACCUAUGAAUAAUUAAUAAUUUGAAGAAUAUUAGAAUGAUCCAUUAAUAUUAAAGAUUUGGAAAAUAAAAAAUAAUAGUGAAUUAUAUAUGGGACAAAUAUUUGUAGGAUUUAAUGAUUAAUUAAGUGAAAAGGAUUUAAUGAAGAAAGUAAAUGAUAGAGAAAUUUGGAAUGGUUUUAUUUAAUUAUGA